AUGCUGAAAUUCGUCAUCAUCGUUGCCACUCUGCUGUGCACGGCUGCUGCACGACCUUCGCUUCACUACCUGGAGAAUCCUUUUAUCCCCGUGAAAGGGUCAGAGGAAGUCCGCUCAGCUGCCAUAAAGAGACUUUUGGAAGUUUUCGGGAUGGAGGACCCUCCUGCCUUUCAUGGGUACAAACAGCCACCUCAGUACAUGCUUGAUUUGUACAACGCGGUUGCUGAUGUGGACGGUGUGACCAAGGACCCACAUCUUCUGGAAGGGAACACUGUGCGCAGCUUCUUUGACAAAUUGCACAGUGAUCAGGUGGAGUUCAGGUUCAAUUUGUCCAUGGUUGCAAGAACAGAGAAGAUUCUCACUGCAGAGCUCCAUCUUUAUAAACUGAGACCUCAGGCAACCUUGACAUUCAACAGGCAUCACUUCAGCCAGGUCAGUGUUUAUCAGCUGCUUGACACCAGCAAAAACUUCACACAGAAGAAGCUGCUUUCUUCUCGACUCAUCCCAGUCCACUCUUCUGGUUGGGAAGUGUUCACAAUCACACAAGCAGUCCGCUCCUGGAUGGUUGAUGAGGGUACCAACCUGGGACUUCAGGUGGUGGUUCGGACACUGGGAGGGAGCCAAAUGGAUAAAAAACUGAUCCGCUUUGCUUCAGGACGCCACCACCACCACAGCAAACAGCCCAUGUUGGUUCUCUUCACUGAUGAUGGCCGCUACUCUAAUCCUCUCGAGAGCAAAGAUCUAGAUGAUACCACUGCCACUUCUGACCUGCCCCAGGUCCCAAUGUCAGGUCCACCUUCCCGUAGCGCUCGCUCUCUGGGCUCUGAUGCAGAAGGUGUGCCCAUGCACUGCCAGCGGUUGCCCCUGAAUGUAGACUUUGAGGAGAUCGGCUGGUCGGGCUGGAUUGUAUCACCCAAAAGUUACAACGCGUACUACUGCAAAGGCUCCUGCCCCUUCCCUCUGGGUCAGACCAUGAAACCAACCAACCACGCCACUGUCCAGUCCAUCAUCCACGCCUUGAAGCUGGUCAAAGGCGUUGGCACGCCGUGCUGUGUCCCCGACAAGCUCUUUUCCAUCAACUUGCUCUUCUUUGAUGAUGAUGAGAAUGUGGUGUUAAAACAAUAUAAUGACAUGGUGGCUGGAAGCUGUGGGUGCCAAUAA